AUGGAGGCUACAACCUACCAACGCUUUCGCCUAUAUGGCCAACUGGUUGAAAAGAAGAGAAUGUUGUUGCUACACAUCCAGUUUCUAACUCGGUGCAGAAGAAGAAAUUUAAUCCCGAAGUUUAUCAACGUAAAAUCAUCCACCAAUAGUGCAGCUAGCAAAAUAGCAACCAACAGUGCAAAGAAAAUAUGGUUGAUUGAGGAAAUAAGAACGAAACAUAAAGAAGUGUCCAUCGUAGAAGAAAAGUUGUACUCGCUGCAUUUACAGUUGCUUAAGCUGGUUGAAUACCAUAGCGCGGCAGAAUGUGUUGUGUUUGGAUGUAUGGAGAAGAUAAAAAAGUGUUGGCAACAAGUGCUAUGUGGUGUGCAAAGAAAUUUGCGCAAACGCGUUAAACUAACAAAGCAGAGGCACCGAAAAAAGCUACAUUGCCUAGCACGUACGCAAAAGGAAGGAGAAAAAACAACCCGAUCUCCGCAGAUGAUCGAUAAUUUUGUGAUUAAUCUCUCGUCCAUACAAUUCACUCGCGAAGAGCUACAUUUGUUUAACAAGGGGCUAAAUUUCGCAAUUUUACCCGUUAGUGCACCAAUAGCCGAUGUAGUGAAUAAUAUUGAAAGUGCCAUUCAGUACCAGUGUCACUCGAUAAAAUCCGCGGUUCGCCUUGACGUAGAAAAAUGCAUUUCCCGCUCAAUAAAUAGUCAAAACAAAUCUAGAAAUAUUGAUUUUGAUACGUGGUGCGUGGUACGAAGGUUGAAGUCCCGUGAAGUGGUUUACUCCCGUGCGGACAAAGGAAACGCGAUCGUAAUUAUGGACAACUCAGACUACGAUUCACGUUUCUCCGACAUGAUAAAUUCGGGUCCGUACGAGGAAUGUAAGUAUAAAAACGGAAAACCAAGAGAUCCACUAAACACUAUGGUAGAACAGGCAAAUAUUACUAGGCGACAAGUAGCACACCUGAUGGGAGAGGAGAAGUUGGAUAGAAAACUACAUGUUCCGAAUCCUAAAGUAGCAUCCCUCUACUGGCUACCAAAAGUCCAUAAAAACCCGUUAGCUAUGCGUCCUAUUUCGUCCAAUAUCUGCACACCCACUGAAAAAAUGGCUGCAUGGCUGGUAGAUGAGCUGAGAAAGUACCCGGUGACACAGGGGAAAAGCGUAAAAAACUCCGUAGAAUUGGUUAAGUAG